AUGGGCCAAAGGCUCGCAGCAUGUCUAACAUAGAUUCUAAUCACCCUUAUCUUGCUGAAAGCGUUCUUAAAAAUUAGCGAAUAAACAACGAAGCGAAAGUUAAAAUUGUAUUAAGAUUAUUUUGCAUCUAAAGUUUUGCUAACAAGUUCAAUAAUGAUGGAAAUCGAGUUUAUAAAACUUUACGUAGUCAUCUUACUGCUGAAGAAUAUUGUUACAAAUUACAGAAAAAAUUAUACAAAUGCAGUGAAGGUUGUAGAUUCAUUAAAAUACAAUUUUUUCAUCACAUCUCAAUUUUAAAAUAGUUAUUGACAAAAAAAAAAUAUUUAAAACACCGCGCACGCUUGAAUAAUGUCUUGGGAGUUUAUUGCUCAAAUUUACACAAAUCAAGUUAUGAAAUGUAUUUAUAAAACAGUAAAUAUUAAUUAAAGAUAAAUCUUAAAAAUAAUGGCUUCAAUUACUGUACCUUUUAAGACUUCUCCUAGUUAAAAGUUUUCGAAAUAUUAUGUAGAAAUGAAACGUGUGCGCACUCUGCCGCCUGCUGUUUCGCGUCCUAGAACUGUCAAAAUUUUCGAUGGCUUGUGUUGUUUGGAUAAAAAUAAAAACAAUCUAUCUUUAAUGUGUAAAUAAAUAAUCAUUUACGUACUUUUGUAGUGUGAUUUUUGUUUUUAUACAAUGUUUUAUUUGUGCAAUAUAAUCAUGUAAACAGCGUGAGAAGUCGUGGUGCAUUUGGUGCUUUGGCUUGAGUGGCCAAAACUCUUCCAGAUGCUGCCUUCUAUGCCAGUUCUCUUCACCAGGGAUAGUCAGGAUGCAUUUGGCAAUAAAAUUCAGCCAAGCACAAGCUUUUUUAAUCAGAAUUCUAAUGACAAAUCCUCAUUUAUUAUAAAGCCGUCACCUACGACAGCUGUGCAAGACGAACCCAAAGUGACAAAUGAGACUAAACACAAAAAGGAAAUCCCUCAAAAACAGAAACCAGAGCCACCUAAGAAAGAUUACAAUGCAUUUGAAACAGCGCUGAUAAGAUCUUACUACACAAAAGUACAAUCAAGGUUUUCAUCAAACAUAUCAAUGCCUAAGAACAAAUUUGUACAAUUUCAAAACACAUUAAAAACAUUUGACCCUAAUAAAGAGACUCCAGUAGAUUUAUUUAGAAAAAUAGAACAAUUAUUUGGUGAAGAACACAAGGAUAUAGUUGAGGAUUUUUUACUGUUUUUAAAGCCGGGACAGGCAGCUGAGGUUGGGAGGUUCAUGGACCGGUUCAUGCUUGUACGAAUAACAGCUUUCAUUGAGUCUUUACAAAACGCUUUCGCUCGCAAGCCCACUGUGCUUCGUAAAGUGAUCCGCGCCAUCACGACGGGCCUCAAUUCUGGGAACAGCGAGGACACGAAGGCCCGGGUACUGCCGCAUCUGAGAUCACACGCGCGCUUAACGCAAAUGUUCAAAUCUCUGUUCCCUGAUGAGAGACCAUCGGACAGCUUGUAUGAGACCGGCACUGAUUGUAUAGACGAAAGCUUCCUGACGAAGGACACCGGCUGCGACGUUUGGGAGUUUGUUGAGCCAAACGAUAACAGACAGAAGCCAGACUACAAGAAAGGUCUCGAUACUGCGUAUCUGAACGGUCGCGUGUUCCUACAGCACGGCCGCCUGCUGCGGUCGGCGCGGGUCACCUACCCGUACAGCAAGGAGCCCUACCGGGUGCACGCGCGCCGCCUCGCGCCCGCGCAGUGCCACCUCUCCCCGCCGGACUCCGACGAGGAGCGGUCUUCGCCCAAGCGAAACGCGAAAACUCCUUCGAAGAUCGCCCCGAAACGUCCCAAGAAACAACUCAAAUCGCCAACGAAAAACGUAAAAGACGUAAACGACAACACAAAGCACAAAGACUGCUCCAUUCUGAGCCCUAAAGCGAAGAAACAACAGAACGUCAAGCCCAAAAGCAAAGAGGUCGUCAAACGGAAAGACUCAAAAGGCUUAAUAUGUAAAAACGAAGGUUCUAGAACAAAACAAACAAAGAUUGAAAGCGUUGCGAGUGCGGACGCUAAGAAAGCCGAGAUCAAGAGUAAUUGGACUCGCGACGAGGACAAGACGAUGCUGCAGGUUCUGAAAGGGGAGGCCGGCUCCGAGCAGGUGUUCCGCCGCAUCCGGCAGCUUCUGCCGCACCGGUCGCCCGCCGAGAUCAAGGAGCGCUUCUGUCACGUCAUGAAGCUGUUACAGCAAAUGUCGGUCGGCGAGGUUACUUAGAUAUUAUUAUGCAUGUAAUUGAUAUUUAUAAAUUUUGUAUAAAUAAAAUAUUUUUGACGGACUA